GGGAGCUCCCAGGACCAGGAAGGUCCCAAAAGAGAAACCGAGGCCGGAGAGAUCAGGAGACCUCAGCUGACAUGGCCCAGCCCAGAUUCUCGACCGCCCGCCAGGGCUGGUUUCACGUGGUUUCUCUCUCGCACUUUCUGUCGGCCCGCUGGCGGUGGGGCCCCCUCAGAUAGACCCGGGCUCCUGCACCAGCGGUGUGACCUUGGGUGGUCAGAUUUUCUUUCUCCCAAGUCUCCUCUGCUGUCGGACCAGGAGGAAAACACUUGGGUCCUGCCUCAGCUGGGAGAAUGGCCUCCUCAGUGGCCGAAACAAAGGAACUUGAAAAUCAUAGUGACUGCUGCGUAAAACUUUGCAAUCCAAAUGUAGCAACCAUGAAAGAAGAUGUCCUCUACCAUUUCAACCUCAGCACCGCCACACAUGAUUUCCCGGCCAUGUUUGGGGACGUGAAGUUUGUGUGUGUUGGUGGAAGCCCUUCCCGGAUGAAAGCCUUCAUCAGAUACGUGGCCUCAGAGCUGGGCCUUGACCGCGCAGGAAUGGACUAUCCCAACAUCUGUGCAGGGACAGACCGCUACGCCAUGUUUAAAGUGGGACCUGUGCUGUCUGUCAGUCACGGUAUGGGCAUUCCUUCCAUUGCGAUCAUGCUGCACGAGCUCAUCAAGCUGCUGUACCAUGCCCGGUGCUCCGGCGUCACCGUCAUCCGCAUCGGCACCUCUGGUGGGAUAGGUCUGGAGCCUGGCUCUGUGGUCAUUACCCGGCAGGCAGUGGAUGCCUGCUUCAAGCCAGAGUUCGAGCAGGUGGUCCUGGGGAAGCGAGUUAUUCGGAGCACGGACCUCGAUGAGCAGCUCGUGCAGGAGCUGACACAGUGCUCUGCAGACCUGAGUGAAUUCACCACGGUCGUGGGAAACACCAUGUGCACGCUGGACUUCUAUGAAGGGCAAGGCCGCCUGGACGGCGCUCUCUGCUUCUACACGGAGAAGGACAAGCAGGAGUAUUUGAAGGCGGCCUACGCAGCUGGCAUCCGGAACAUUGAGAUGGAGUCCUCAGUCUUUGCUGCCAUGUGCAGCGCGUGUGGCCUCCGAGCGGCUGUGGUGUGUGUCACUCUCCUCGACCGCCUGAAAGGGGACCAGAUCAGCAGCCCUCACGAGGUGCUCGCCGAGUACCAGCAGCGGCCUCAGCGGCUCGUGGGCCACUUCAUCAAGAAAUGCCUCUCGGCGCCUGACGUCCCCUGAGCCUCAAAGGGGAGCGUUGUAAUUGGUGCAAAUAAAAUCAUUGUCAGAAUCUC